AUGUCUAAGACGAGAACUCGGAAGAGAGCGAUCCUCAUAUGGCCACUCACUAACACAAGUCCAGGAGCGGGCACUGGUGGUAUCGCAACAGCAGCCCGGUUGGCGAAAGCCGGGUUUUCUGUAACCGUGUUGGAGAAGAACACGUUUACCGGUGGACGAUGCAGCUUGAUAUUCCACGAGGGUCACCGUUUCGACCAAGGGCCGUCUCUCCUGCUGCUGCCCAAGCUCUUCCGGGAAGCAUUCCGCGACCUGGACACGUCGCUGGAAGCGGAAGGGGUGGAACUGCUCCGCUGCCCGACUAAUUACAAGGUAUGGUUCGCGGACGGCGAGAGUUUCGAGCUAUCGACGGACCUCGCGCGCAUGAAGGCCCAGAUCGAGCGGUGGGAAGGCAAAGACGGGUUCCACAGGUAUCUCGACUGGCUGCGCGAGGCGCACCAGCACUACGAGCUCAGCGUCAGCGAGGUGCUGCGCAGGAACUUCACGAGUUUCUGGAACCUGAUCGUCCCGCACUUCGUGCUCACGGGCCUGAAGCUGCACCCUCUGCACAGGGUCUGGGAUCGCGCCCGGAAGUACUUCUGGUCCGAGAGGCUCAGGCGCGUCUUCACGUUCGCGACCAUGUACAUGGGUAUGUCGCCGUUCGACGCCCCGGCUACCUACUCGCUGCUCCAGUACACGGAGCUCGCCGAGGGUAUCUGGUACCCGCGCGGAGGCUUCCAUGCCGUCCUAGCGGCGCUCGUGAGGGUCGGCGAGAGGCUGGGGGUUGAGUAUCGACUGAACACGCCCGUCCAGCAAGUUCUUGUGAGCUCCGACGGGAAAACGGCGCGCGGAGUGCAGUUGGAAACAGGUGAGAUCCUAGAGGCGGACGUGGUGGUCGUUAAUGCCGACCUCGUCUACGCUUAUUCGAAUUUAUUCCCUCAGACACCGAAGGUACAAAGCUACGGCAAGUCCCUUAGGAAGAAAGAUGGCUCAUGCAGCUCGAUAUCGUUUUACUGGAGUCUAGAUAGAACUGUCCCAGAGCUACAGACGCAUAAUAUCUUCCUUGCGGACGAGUAUAGGGAAUCGUUCGACGCCAUCUUUGACCGGCAAUCGCUCCCUGAGGAACCCAGCUUCUACGUCAACGUGCCCAGCCGAAUAGAUACCAGUGCGGCCCCAGAGGGUCGAGACUCGGUGGUCGUACUCGUGCCCGUCGGACACCUACCGGAAUCGAAGGGUUUCGCGGAACCGCAGAGCGCGGGCCUGCCCCGAGAUCAGGACUGGCAGGUCCUAGUGGACCGGGCGCGGCGGGCCGUGCUAUCGACGGUAUCCGCGCGCACGGGAUGCGAGCCCCUCGACAAAUUCAUCACGCACGAGAUCAUCAACGACCCGGCCGCGUGGGAAGACAAGUUCAACCUAGACAAGGGGUCGAUCCUAGGUCUGGGCCACGGGUUCUUCAAUGUGUUGGCGUUCCGGCCCGGGACGCGCGCGAAGGGGCUAGCGAACGCGUACUUCGUAGGUGCUAGCACGCACCCGGGUACCGGGGUUCCGAUCGCACUGGCCGGCGCCAAGAUCACGGCCGAGCAGAUUCUAGACGAUCUACAGGUAGCGGUCCCGUGGCGGGAAAAUGCCGUCGUAGAUAUGGAUAUGGACCGGGGUGUACCACAGAACGACAAGACGAACCCGCUGGAUAGGAUACAACCGGGUGUGUCACAAACUCCGGUGUUACAGAUGGUAUUGUAUUUUUACAUUUUGCUGUCGAUAAUGUGGAUGUUGUGGUACUGGAACCCCGUAGGGAGAUUCUUACUGGUUUGA